AAGGUUUGGCUCCAGUACUCCUAUCCUCCUCUAGCAGGGACUAUCCCGCCCUCUGAAAUGACUGGCACCUACCUUCUACUCAGUUCCUUAUUUACCUGUUUGCUUUGUAAUUUACUCCUAUAAGCUCCGAGGGCAAGCUCUACACUGCCUUUUGCUCUCUCUCUUCCCAGGUAGCCCUUGGGAUAAAGCAGUUUUACAUGAAUUAAAGCAGCUUGAAAUUCUGCUCAGGACACAGGGAUACCCCAGCUGAAGAUUCUACCACUGGCAAGUCUGUGAACUUGACUUUAUAGCAGCAUCUGCUUUGGCUUGUGCAACCAGAGGACCACACUCAUCUCUUCUUUGAGCCACUAAAUGCCUGUGCGUAUCCCAUACUCCAGUAAGGGAAGAAGGGAGAAGCUUCUUGGAUGACAAUGGACGUUCCACUGUGCAGGAUGAGGGCAGAGUGUGCGACAUCACCACCAAGAGGGUGCAAUGUGAUCUUGGGCAUCUCCCUUCCCGGCCAGCACUCUGCCUCCUCUAUCCAUCAUGGUGUUUGGUGAGUUUUUCCAUCGCCCUGGACAAGACGAGGAACUUGUCAACUUGAACGUGGGGGGCUUUAAGCAGUCUGUGGACCAGAGUACACUCCUACGCUUCCCUCACACAAGACUGGGGAAGCUGCUGACCUGCCAUUCUGAAGAGGCCAUUCUGGAGCUGUGUGAUGACUACAGUGUGGCAGAUAAAGAGUACUAUUUUGAUCGGAACCCCUCCCUGUUCAGAUACGUUUUGAACUUUUACUACACAGGGAAGCUGCACGUCAUGGAGGAACUGUGCGUGUUCUCCUUCUGCCAGGAGAUCGAGUACUGGGGUAUCAACGAGCUCUUCAUUGACUCCUGCUGCAGCAGCCGAUACCAGGAGCGCAAGGAGGAGAGCCAUGAGAAGGACUGGGACCAGAAAAGCAAUGAUGUGAGCACGGACUCCUCCUUUGAAGAAUCCUCUCUGUUUGAGAAAGAGCUGGAGAAGUUUGAUGAGCUGAAAUUUGGUCAGCUCCGAAAGAAAAUCUGGAUUCGAAUGGAAAACCCAGCUUAUUGCCUGUCGGCCAAGCUCAUCGCCAUAUCCUCCUUGAGUGUGGUGCUGGCCUCCAUCGUGGCCAUGUGUGUACACAGCAUGUCGGAAUUCCAGAAUGAGGAUGGAGAAGUGGAUGACCCUGUGCUGGAAGGAGUGGAGAUUGCAUGCAUCGCAUGGUUCACUGGCGAGCUGGCCAUCCGGCUGGUUGCUGCCCCUUCUCAAAAGAAGUUCUGGAAAAACCCUCUGAACAUCAUCGACUUUGUCUCCAUCAUUCCCUUCUAUGCCACGUUGGCUGUGGACACCAAGGAAGAGGAGAGUGAGGACAUAGAGAAUAUGGGCAAGGUGGUCCAGAUCCUUCGGCUCAUGAGGAUUUUCCGAAUUCUGAAGUUAGCCCGGCACUCUGUAGGGCUUCGAUCUCUGGGGGCCACACUGAGGCACAGUUACCAUGAAGUGGGGCUACUGCUUCUCUUCCUUUCGGUGGGUAUUUCCAUCUUCUCCGUGCUUAUCUACUCUGUGGAGAAAGAUGAACUUGCAUCCAGUCUCACCAGUAUCCCCAUCUGCUGGUGGUGGGCCACUAUCAGUAUGACCACUGUGGGCUAUGGAGACACACAUCCAGUCACCUUAGCUGGGAAGAUCAUUGCAAGCACAUGUAUUAUCUGCGGCAUCUUGGUGGUAGCCCUUCCAAUCACCAUCAUCUUCAAUAAGUUUUCCAAGUACUACCAGAAGCAGAAGGACAUGGAUGUGGACCAGUGCAGUGAAGACCCACCGGAGAAGUGCCAUGAGCUACCUUACUUUAACAUUAGGGAUGUUUAUGCCCAGCAAGUACAUGCCUUCAUUACCAGUCUGUCUUCCAUUGGCAUCGUGGUCAGCGAGCCUGACUCCACGGAUGCUUCUAGCAUUGAAGACAAUGAGGAUGUUUAUAAUACUGCAUCCUUGGAGAACUGUACCACAAAAUGAGCAGGGGCAUUGGCACCGAUAUCUUGUGUCCCUUCCUGACAUUAGGUUAACACAGCUUUAUAAACCUUAAUGGGUUUGUUCAAAUAAAUCAUUUAAUUCUCAGGGUGUACCUUUUAGCCAUAGUUGGACAUUCAUUGCUGAAUUCUGAAAUGAUAGAAUUGCCUUUAUUUUUCUCAGUGAGGUCAAUUAAAUGCCUUGUUCUGAAAUUUAUUUUUUACAAGAGAGAGUUGUAAUAUGGUUUUUUGAGGAAAAAAGUAAAUGAUAUUGGGAAGGAUUUAUUGCUACGGCUUAUGCAUCAUUCUGUAUUUGUCAUUCACUCACAUUGAGCUAACUAUAAAUUACUGAUGAUAGAGCAGAGGCCCAGCUGACCGAAGACGACAUGCAUGUGAGAUCUACAACAUGAGACAAUGCAUGUAAAUCCAUGUUUAUGUUUCAGACAUGGGAAUUGGGAGCCCAAUAAACUUCUAAUUCAGUAUGGAGAAAGCCUUGAUUGUAUGUUUUUAUGUCAAGUACGAAUAUCCUAUUAUCCCAUAAUGGGCUUGGAAGGUCUUAGGGUUUCUAUUACUGUGAUGAGACACCGUGACCAUGGUUGUCUUAUAAAGGAACACAUUUAAUUGGAGAUGUCUUUCAGUUCAGAGAUUUAGUCCAUUAUCAUCAUGGGUAGAAGCAUGGCAGCAUGCAGGCCGACAUGGUGAUGGAGCUGAAAGUUCUCUAUCUUGAUCUGCAGGCAGCAGAAGGAGACUGAGUUACACUGGCGAGACUUAAGCUUCUUUGACCUUAAAAGCCCACUCCAGUAGCCCACUUCCUCCAACAAAGCCACAACUACUCCAAGGGCACACCUCCUAGUAGUGCCACACUCUAUGGGCCCGUGGGGCCAUUUUCAUUCAAACCACCACAGAAGGGAAAGACUCCAAUCACAAUAUCAAGAAUUUUUGCUUGCAACUGAGGUGAUAGCUCAGUUAGUAAUGUGCUUUCAUGGGGACCUGAGUUCUAUCUUCAGAACCCACAGUUAAAAAAAAAGUCAGGCAUGGUGUUGCAUGCAUGUCAUUGCAGAGUGGCAUUCAUUGGCUGGCCAGCCUUGAUUGCUUGGUGACUCUCAUAUCAGUGAAAGACCCUGUCUCAAAAAGACAGAUAGCAUUGAAGAAUGAUACCCCAGAUUGUCUUCUGACUUUUACAUACAUAUGCACUCGUGUGCACACCCCUGACACACACAUGUGUGCUUUAUUUUGAGUACACCCAAUGAUAUGCUAGUUUUUUUGUUCCUUAUACUUAUGGUUGGCAGGUAGAAGAACACAUCAAUAAUAAAAUCAUGUCAAAUAAUUAAAAUGAUUAAACAUGUGGAUGUUUGAGAUAUAUAAAUGUAUGGUAUAUUUUAUCUAGGUGUAUUUCCAGUGCAGUUUGAAUUUUACAAUACUUUGUACUUCUAGGCUAAAACUUGAAAAUUAAAUGGACCUGGGUAAGCCCACCCACUCAGCAGCACAGAGUCACGUGUGAGUGGAGGAAAGGAGAAAUACACAAACACAUAGAUGUGGAUCAUUAUGUAGAGGAGUGAGUGCCGAGUCUCUAAGGCAGGGGUGCCCACAACCAUUAGAUGAGCCAGUAUUUUCAAACUACCAUAUAUAAAGGGAUGGCUGCUUUUACACAGAAACCACACUACAAAAGGAGACAUACUGAUUA